UGAAGGCAGCAGACGUUUCCACAUUCUAGAACGACCAUCCAGGCCAGCCCCUCGCCAGGAUGAAGUUUUCCAGAUUUGUGAGCAUCCUCGUGCUAUUUGGCCUGCUUACAAAGGUCCAGGGACCUAGUCUAACUGACUUUCUGUUUCCCAGGAGAUGCCCCAGAUUCAGAGAGGAGUGUGAACACAGAGAGAGGGACCUUUGUACCAGGGACAGGGACUGCCAGAAGAGAGAGAAGUGCUGUAUCUUCAGCUGCGGAAAGAAAUGUCUAAACCCCCAACAAGAUAUUUGCAGCCUACCAAAAGACUCUGGCUACUGCAUGGCUUACUUCCCUCGUUGGUGGUAUAAUAAGAAAAACGGCACGUGCCAACUCUUCAUCUAUGGUGGUUGCCAGGGAAACAAUAACAACUUCCAGUCCCAAAGUAUAUGCCAGAAUGCCUGUGAAAAAAAAAGCAAUUCCACCUGAACGGGGGACCCGCUGGGAAAAUCAUCAGGAUUUGGCUUCUGCUCCAAGCUCUAUGGACCUGCUGGAUGCUCCAGGCUGGCGUCUGAGCACUCCAAGGCCUUGGGUCUUCCCAGUUACUGGAUUCUAGGAUGCCUCCCCGCCCACUCGGCCAGUUCCUAUUCCUAACUCCUACCCUUAGCUACCCUGCUCAGCUCCUCCGUCAAAAGCUCCCAGUUUGUUUCCAUGUAGCUCUCAGCUUGGUUCAGUAAAGUAUUUGACUUCGCCCUG